ACCACUUGGCAGCCUUGGGCUCCAUUGCCAGUCGCAGUUUGAGAGCGAUAUGCUGGUGUUAAGGAGACUGCUCGAUUCAGGAUUCUGCUGGAGGGCCCGGUCUGUCGGGCUUGGUACCUGGGCAAGCGCUUCCUGCGCCAGACCUUAGGUUUACUAGAGCAGAUAACCCCAGGUCCACCUCCUAUCGACAUGAGGCAGACAGAGAGAUACCCCCCACAUGAGAUGGCUGAUUACACAAUCGGAUGGGAGGCGGAGGGCUUUAGAGGCGAGGGCGACUAUGCAGAGUAUGUCCAGACCUACAUCAUGUGGCCUUUGAGCAGUGGUCGCCGAGCUGAGAGGAAGAGGCCUGCGACGCCAGCGGCUAGAGCGGGAGCAGGGGCAGGAGUACUUAGGAUGGCUCGGGUCCGUGGUAGGAGUGGGCCUCGGAGAGGGCGGGGAGUUGGAUGGCCGGCGUUGCCAACGAUGAUGACAUACAGAGGGCAGAGUGGGGAGAUUUAUCAGAUCCCGAUCGCUCCCCCUCUGGCUGAUCACGAGCUAGUCGGUUUCUACGACUUGCCUCCGGCUUCCUCUGAGUACACUUGCCAGUCCCUGGAGUUAAAUGCCUCCAUGAUAGGGAUGCUCCAGCGGAGCUUAGACCUGCUGGCCCUUUAUAGUAUCCCGUUGUGGGUGUAUGCCUACUUCUCGAGGCUUGCCCCAGUGCCGGACGAGGAGACCCCCCUCGACGUUCCAUUCUCCCGCCGCUUUGACGUGAGAUCCCGGGAGUCAUUCAUAUUCUUCUGCCGCUAUUUCGACACCAUCACCGCUGCAGAGCCUUGGGCUCCAUUGCCGGCCGCAGUUCGGGAGCGGUAUGCUAGUGCUGAGGAGAUUGCCCGAUUCAAGAUUCUGCUGGAGGGCCCGGUCUGUCGGGCUUGGUACCUGGGCGAGUGCUUCCUGCGCCAGACCUUAGGUUUACUAGAGCCGAUAGCCCCGGGUCCACCUCCUAUCAACAUGAGGUAGACAGAGAGAUACCCCCCACAUGAGAUGGCCGGUUACACGAUUGGAUGGGAGGCGGAGGGCUUUAGAGGCGAGGGAGACUAUGCAGAGUACGUCCAGGCCUACAUCAUGCGGCCUCUGAGCAGUGGUCGCCGAGCUGAGAGAGAGAGGCCUGCGACGCCAGCGGCUGGAGCGGGAGCGGAAGCGGAAGCGGGAGCAAGGGCAGGAGUACCUAGGAUGGCUCGGGCCCAUGGUAGGAGUGGGCCUCGGAGAGGACGGGGAGUUGGAUGGCCGGCGUUGCCCACGAUGAUGGCAUACAGAGGGCAGAGUGGGGAGAUUUAUCAGAUCCCAAUCGCUCCCCCUCCGGCUGAUCACGAGCUAGUCGAUUUUUACGACUUGCCUCCGGCUUCCUCUGAGUACACUCGCCAGUCCCUGGAGUUGAAUGCCUCCAUGAUAGGGAUGCUCCAGCGGAGCUUAGACCUGCUGGCCCUUUAUAGUAUCCCGCCUCCAUUCCAGAUCCUUACUACAGGAGGUGCUCCAGCUGGGCCUUAUGUUCCUGCUUGAGGAGGAGGGCGAGGUGGCAUAGUAUUCCCCCGCCCCAAAAUGGGGCGCACUCAUGUUGGGAGUAGCUCUCGAGCACCGAUCCCAAAUGAUGACGAGUCCGAGGCAGAGACGGAGGCGGAGGCAUCUGAGGAGGAGACCGGAGAUGACUCGAACUCGGGCUCAGACUAUGGAGCUGGCGAUGACGCUCCUGGACCUUUGUCCAGGAAGAGGACGAGGACAGGCUCUCAGGCCUGAGAUGUUCAAUGCUGAUCCAGAUUUUUGCUGCUUUUCUUCUUUUUGUUUUACUUUUUCUCUUUGCUAGUAGCUUGAGUACCUUGUACUGUCGCGGGCAGGUUUUGUUUUCUUCGAAACUUUGUAC